ACUGUGCUUCCCCAAACUCCAGAUGAAUCUUCAACAUUAGGAUGAUGGGCACCAGAUUCAGCACCCUGAAGGUUCAGCAUUCAGUUGAAGUCAGAUAAAAGGGCACUUUCAUAUCCUCCUACUUUAUCUGUAAUCUUCUAUGGCACAAAACAUCUCCCAGGUGUAUCAAACAGUUAAUGGGCUCAGAGUUAGCUAUUUCUUCAGUAAAAAGGUUCAUUUGAGGCUAUUGGGAUACAUCAGUGAAUGAACUAGACAAAGGCCCCUGACCUGUGAAGUCACAUUUUAGCAGAAGGUAUAAGUGGAAAGCAAUGAACAUGGAAGGACUCUCAUUGUCUCUGGUUCUUCGGGCACAUAUGUGACAUGACAAGUUGUUUCUGAAUAGCGCUAUGGACUAAAAAGGCAAGCAUGAAUGAGAACUCAAAUAUCACAUACAUGGAAGAAAGCUUCAUGCAACCCAAAACAUCAGAUGGUGAUAGUGGCAUAUUUCAGAGUUGUUGGAAGUAUCACACAGCAGGAUGUACUUUGUAAAUAGCAAAGUCUUACAUACAUAUAUUCAUUUAUUCAUUCAUUAAACAAAUAAAGAUAUAUUAAGCAACUACUAUAUCCCAGCCACUGUUAUAUGGCCUUGGAAUACAUUUAUCAAGGAAACAGACAAUACUCGAUUGGGACUUACAUUCCAGCAGGAAGUAAAUGACAGGGCAUUUGGGACCUACAUCUGGAAACAACAUGUUUCAAAGGAUUUUAUAAAUCCUGAAGUAAAAGAAGAAGAAGAAGAAAGAAGAAGAAGAAGAAGAAGAAGAAGAAGAAGAAGAAAAACAGAGGAGAAUCACUGCUGAGGCGUGAAGGGCUCUGGAGGUGUGAAGGGCUGUGCAAGCAGUCUCAGCAUCCGAGAGAGAAGGGGAGGAAGCGUUGGACAUGUGAGGACACAGAAAAAGGUUCACAAUGAACUACUUUAGAUACUGGGCUUCUGCACAAAAUUCUCCUUAAAGAAGAGUUCCCAAGCAUAUCAAAAUUUGAAAUCAAUUACUGGGAUAACGUUUAGCACUGGGAAGGAAUACAUCAGUGGACAAGACAGAUAUCAUGGAGCUGGAGGAGUUAAUGAAUACCUUGAAUGAUUGCAUCAAAUACAAAGGAUUGGGACAACUAGAUCAAGAUGAAAUUUGAUGGAAUUAGGCAGCGUGUAUUCCUUCCUUGGAAUGCGUCAGCUGAGUGCCAUAUGGAAAGAAUGAUAGACUUUUAGGCCAAAUGUAGAAUGAAAGGUCUGAUUGAAAAGCUGGAGAAGCAAAUGGAAAAACUGAUCCUAUAUGUAGGAAAAGACUUCAGAACACGAAAUAUAUUGUCUUCAGUGAAUAUAUUGAAGCAAGAUCUUGGGCCUGAUACUUUGAAGAGGAGAGGAGAGUUUCUGCUGCCACAGGUACACAGUUUCUCCUAGCAUGACCGUGAUCUGAUCAGCAGCUAACAUAACUUGACUCCUGUGUCUGGUGCCACUGUGCUGGGGCCUGGUCACUGCCCACAACUACAGAGCUGCCAUGGUGACCACCUUUACUUCCACCCCCACAAAUUCACAGCCCCAGUUCACAGCCAUGAAUGAACCACAGUGCUUCUACAAUGAGUCCAUUGCCUUCUUUUAUAACCGGAGUGGAAAGUAUCUUGCCACAGAAUGGAACACAGUCAGCAAGCUGGUGAUGGGACUUGGAAUCACUGUUUGUAUCUUCAUAAUGUUGGCCAACCUACUGGUCAUGGUAGCAAUCUAUGUCAACCGCCGCUUCCAUUUUCCUAUUUAUUACUUAAUGGCUAAUCUGGCUGCUGCAGACUUCUUUGCUGGGUUGGCUUACUUCUACCUAAUGUUCAACACGGGACCCAAUACUCGGAGACUGACUGUCAGCACGUGGCUUCUCCGCCAGGGCCUAAUUGACACCAGCCUGACAGCGUCCGUGGCCAACUUACUGGCUAUCGCAAUUGAGAGGCACAUUACGGUUUUCCGCAUGCAGCUCCACACACGGAUGAGCAACCGGCGGGUCGUGGUGGUGAUUGUGGUCAUCUGGACUAUGGCCAUCGUUAUGGGCGCUAUACCCAGUGUGGGCUGGAACUGCAUCUGUGAUAUUGAAAAUUGUUCCAACAUGGCGCCCCUCUACAGUGACUCUUACUUAGUCUUCUGGGCCAUUUUCAACUUGGUGACCUUUGUCGUAAUGGUGGUUCUCUAUGCUCAUAUCUUUGGUUAUGUUCGCCAGAGGACUAUGAGAAUGUCUCGGCAUAGUUCUGGACCCCGGCGGAAUCGGGAUACCAUGAUGAGUCUUCUGAAGACUGUCGUCAUUGUGCUUGGUGCCUUUAUCAUCUGCUGGACUCCUGGAUUGGUCUUGUUACUUCUUGAUGUGUGCUGUCCACAAUGUGACGUCUUGGCCUAUGAGAAAUUUUUCCUUCUGCUUGCUGAGUUCAACUCCGCCAUGAACCCCAUCAUCUACUCCUACCGUGACAAGGAGAUGAGCGCCACCUUCAGACAGAUCCUCUGCUGCCAGCGCAGUGACAACACCAGUGGCCCCACAGAAGGCUCGGACCGCUCGGCUUCCUCCCUCAACCACACCAUCUUGGCCGGAGUUCACAGCAAUGACCACUCUGUGGUUUAGAAAGGAAACUAAGAUGAGCAGCCAGCCAUCAUCGAUUGAGGGAUGAACGGCCUCCCCCUACCCAAAUGCCAGGGCAAGGUGGGGUGUGAGAGAGAGACGAAAAAUAAACUCACGUACUUAAACACUAACCAAUGGCAGUAUUUGUUCCUAGACCCCACAAGACUUGAGAUACGUGGAAAAUUAGCUUACGUGACAACCCUCAUCCUGAUCCCCGUUCCUUUUGACAGUAGAAAGUGGAGAUCAUGCCAUGGAAUCCAUAAUAGACUCCAGGGUGUCCAUUUAGACUACACUAACUAGACUUCAAAAGAUUUUGUGUGGUUUGGUGCAAGUCAGAAUAAAUUCUGACUAAUUGAAUCCACAACUUCAUCUACAUACAGGCUUCCCUCUUUUUAUUUCUAAAGGAUACAUUUCAUUUAAUAAACAUGUUUAUGCCUAUCAGCAUGCUUGUGAUGGAUAAGACUGUAGGCUGUUGUUAAACUAUUGUAACUCCAUUUUUUUCCUUAUGUAGGAAAAUUGUGAAUUAGAAUUUUUUAGAGAGCAUGCAUGUAAUGUAUGUAUGCAGUAUGCCUUACUUAAAAAGAUAAAAGGGUAUCGAUUUUAAAUCUUCUAGGAAAUAGAAGAACCUAGAUGUCAAAGCCAGUAUUUAGGUUGUGAAACAAUGUUCUAAUCAUAAUAUUACCUUCUUGUCAAAGUGUUAUAACACAUCUAAAACAGGGAAUGUAAGUUUAUUACCAAAAGAAUACGUAGUCUAAAAGAAGUCAUAGAAGAUGAAGCACAUAUUUAUAAUACCCAAGUGCAUUCUAAUUAUCAGUACAUCAGAAGAAUUUUUAAUAGCCUGUGUUUUUCUGUAUUAUAAAAUAAUACAUAGUCAUUGUAGAAAACUUGAAAAAUGCAGAACUGUGUAAAACAGAAAAAGUAAUUACUGGUAAUAUCGUGACCCAGAAGUAACCACCGUUAACCACCGUAACCACAGCUUUUCCCCCGUGUAUGCCUCUAUGUAUAUCACAUGCCUUUUUAUAUAAUUGGGAUCAUACGUAAACAAUUUUAUAACCGUUUUUUUUUUUUUUUCCACUGCAGAGUUGCCACAUUUUCCUAUGGCGUUAAAAAUUUUACAAAAACAUAAUUUUAGUGGCUAUAUAAUAUUCCAUUUAAUGGAUGCAAUUCCGUUUAUUUAACCAUUCCCACGUUGUUGACUACUUAGGUCAUUUCUGAUUUUUGCUAUUAUAAAUAAUGUUGCAAAAUUUUGUGUACAUAAAACUUUGUCCAUAUAAUUGAUGAUUUACUUAGGACAUAUUCCCAUGAAGGAUUUUUUGUUUUAAAUGUGAAAUGUCUUUUUAUGCUCUUACCUUUUAUAAAAAGGGAUUUCCUGCUUUGCACCACAUGGGUGGCAAUUGUGAGGAAAGCCAGUGAAGUUACCUUUUUACAAAGGAAAUGCAGUGGUCACUUUAGUUGAGAGUGACUUUUUCUCUAUAACAAGAUGGACUAGAAGCAGUCAAUUGUCACAAAUAGCCAGGACCCCCUAAUUAAUAUGUCUAGCAAUCCCAAAUUUUGUUUGAGGAACCGAUUUCCAGCUCUUGGUCGCCACGGCUGUAAUGUAGAAGUGAAGACAAUGCGAAUAAAUCAAACAUGCCAAGAGAAUAAAGGAUCUUCGUAUUAAGUAGCUUGGGGCCCUCGUGUAGCAAAUGGGCUGAGUGUGUCAGUAUGUGACUGGAUACUGUGUAUUCUCUGGGAAUCACCUCUAAUAGAUUCCCACCAUAAUGGGUGAUACCUGUUUAAUGAAUUGUCCAGAUGAACUAGUAAUUGCCCCAGUUUGUUAUAAGUAACCAGUAAAGUCACAGUCAUGAAGCAGGUAUGGGAAAGUUGGGAGUACGUUUAAGAGAAAGAUGUCCAGAAGAAUCAUUGUCUAGGAAGGAAGAGGUCAGCAUUUGAGCAGAGGGCAGACUUGUAAGGUGCCCACAGUGGAAAGAACAUGGGGAACCAGUUAGCAGAAACGUGUUUGCACAUACUUUAUCCAAAGUACAGAGCAUUUUAUGUCGGAAGUGAAAGAAAUGAACUUGGACUUUCAUGUGCAUAUAUUCUGGACUAUUUGAGUUAAAAACAUACUAAUUGGAUCUUAAUAAAUUCAUUUUCAAUC